UUGUUACUUGAAGACAUUUAAUAAAGUUUUUUGUUAAAAAAAAAAACCAACAACAAUGCGAAGUGCAUUAUGGGUCCACUUAUUGCAGUUGUCUUCGUGAUCUAGCGGCAGACAUUACCACCUAUGAGACUAUCAUGCUGAUAACUGGUUUUCCUGGAUUUAAUCUCACUGUAAACUUAAGAUAGCAGCAACUAUGGAUGCAUCUGAAGCAGAAGGCUCAACACAGAAUCAGGGAAAAGAGGAAGGUGCAUCAUCAGCUCAAGGAGAUGCUGGAGCAAGACCAAAAAAGGCAUCUUUGAAAAGAGCUGCAGAUGCCAAAGCAAAAAAGAAGCACAAAAAGGCUCGAGUGUCCAGACCUGCCCGGCCUGGUUAUACUGUCCAUCAAGGGGAAGAUAUGCUUCUCGUUAUAUCGAGUUCCACCUCCCAGUAUGACGGGUCAGUGUGGACUCUUAAGAAAAAGAAGGGGAGCAAAAAGAAGAAGUUGGCAAAAGGAAAAGGAAAAGCCAGUCAGGUCAAGAAAAAGAAGCCAGUCAAUGCCAAGCCCAAACUGGAAAGUAAACCAGUUAAAGAAAAAGAGGAAAAAGUCGCAAAUUUGUUUAUAACUCAGGAAGAAGACGACCACAGAUGGGGCCACAGCCUGCCUGAGGAGGUGCUAAUUAAUAUUUUUCAGAUUGUGGUCAUUCAAGAGGGAGCAGUGCCCUUUUUAUGCAGGGUGGGGAGAGUUUGUCGUCUGUGGAACGCCGCUGCCUCCAGUCCGAUCCUGUGGCACAGAGUGACUGUCGGUCACUGCUGGAUUGCACCAGGGAGGAGCCAACUACCAAAAACUCAGAAGAAGAUUAAGGACACUUUGGACUGGCUGGCACACAGCAGAUUCUCUCAGCUGCGAGACUUUUCUCUGUGUCACUGGACAAAGAACGUUGAUUAUGCAUUAGAGGUUGUGUCGCAGUACUGCCCUGAUCUUUGCUCCCUCAAGCUUUCUUACUGCACAGGAGUGACAGCGGCGGCCUUCCGCAGCCUCGGUCUGCACAGCCGCUCCCUGCACAGCUUAAAUCUCCAGUAUUCAGAGUUCCAGGUUGAAGGACUCCUUGAGUAUCUUGAAAACCAUGGGAGCCAGAUCAGGCAAAUAUUGUUCAGUCAUGGACUAAAGAAUGACAGACUUCUGGCUGCAAUCACUCGGGGAUGCUGUCCCGAUUUGGAGAUGCUGGAGGUCAACACCAAGCUUGACAGUAAAGACUGCCAGCUUCCUGUUUGCAUCCAGGCACUACAGAUGGCAUGCCCUAAGCUCAAGACCUUCCGAAUGAUGAACGUCCAACCUCUUCAUAAGGGAAUGCGUUUUGGUAUCGACCCAACAUCAGGCUUCCCAUUACUGGAGGAGCUUUGUAUCGCAACCACAUCGUUUUCCUAUUUGACCGACAGAGAUUUGAGGGACAUUCUCUUCGAUUCCCCCAAACUGCGAGUGCUGGACCUGCGAGGCUGUUCUCGAAUCACAGCGUCUGGUCUUGCAGCUUUACCCUGUCUAGAGCUUGAAUGUUUGUUCUGGGGACAAUAUUUCAGCAGCCAUGUUGGGCUGUCAUCGCUUAAGAAAGGACUUCACACGUUGACCCAAAAAUGGAGUCGAACUUUGCAACAGCUGGACAUUGCACAUCAGCUCUUCACUGAGGAAGACUUGGAGUUAGCAAUGAGUUACCUUUGUCAAGCUGAGGCAGACACACUGCGCUCACUGAACUUGAGUGGGACCAGAAUUACACCACGUGCACUCAGGCCAGUCAUUGGACAAAUGACUGCUCUAGACUACCUCAACCUUUCAUCCUGCCGCUAUCUCCCAAGAGGUGUAAAGAGGAUUUAUCGUGGCCAAGAAGACAUCCGGCAGCUGCUGGACAAAUUGGAAUAGCUCUCACAUUCAUGUGGUUCCAGAAAUGAGAAACCAAGUUUACAAGGCAGACUUGAAUAUCUUAAUGCAGGCCUCGCUGUGGGUUAUAUUGUCUAAUCGAUGUGAAUAUUUUGCCCUCAGGACUUUUUUUUUUUGAUAGACAUUUUUUCUGUCUGUUGUUGGUACGAAAUUGACAUUUCUGUGUUUGAAUGCAAGAAGCAGUAGUUUGCAAACCUGUUACUACUGCAUUAAUGUCAGGUGGGGGGUUUUGUUUUUUGUUUUGACAAUAACCAACACACAAUGCGUGACACCUAGUACUGUAUAUAGAUCAUUUUAUUUGUAAAACUAAGUAUUCAUUUGCGUGUAUCUUUUUUUUUUAAAUGUGAUUUCUGUUUUUUUUUUUAAUUUUUGAUCAAAAAUAAAUGUUUAACAUGUCACAAGAGAAUCAGGGUUGUAUUGGUCUUUAUUUCCACUAGAGAGUGCUGUCCUGUCAGUAUAAAUUUACAUUUGUCAUCUUAAGGGACUGGUCAUACUGGAUUCAUACCUUGCUUGUAGCAACAUGUUUAAGAAUAGCAAAUACAUGUAAACACAUGAAUGGAUCUAAGUGCCUAUAUGAUUUUUCCAAUAAUGUAAACAUGGUCAAAGGAGAGUGUUUGAUAAUAAAAGACACAAUAUAGUAUUCACUUGUUUAUUGGGCCAAAUAACAGAAUAAACAAAAACAAGGGCAAAAAAAGUAUUUUAAAUCUACCCACAUUCAAUUUUUGCCCAAAUUUGAAACAGCACUACCCAUUUAGGUUAAUUAAACUUGGGUCUGUCUUGACUCAACUACUUCCAUGAGUGUAAAAGAAACAGAGUCAUAUGUCCCACAACAACAUGAAAAAUGGUAAACCAUAAAAACAGCAUUAAAAAUUCAACAUUUUAAAAAGCAAAGACAUAAAGAGACUUAAGACCUCUUUACUAUGUAUAUUGAUUUAUAUAAAGCUGGGAUUUUCAGCUUUACUAGGUGCAAAUUAAAUGUAAAUGCUGAAUUUUGGUUACAAUAGUGGUUGUAAGCACAGUCUUUGGUUUAUAUCUCUCAAUUAAAAAUGUAUUAAUUCCAUUGUGUAUGUCAGUUCUGUGACCACUUUCUACAAUAAAAACAAUUGUUCCAUUUUCUUUGGUAAUUAUAAAUGGGUUUUUUUUUCUUUAAAAAAAAACAUAUAUGCAUUUAUUACACUUCCAAAAUUGUACAAUAAAAGCAAAUAGGCAAAGGUCUUUUGUAAUCAAUCUCCUGGUUCACAUUUUAGUAAUGAUAAUAUUGCAGUAUAUUGUCUUCACAUGUUAAGUACAACUUCUAAAGUAUCUUUUUUUUAGUUCAGAAGGAAGCUUUUUUUUUAAUGCUAUAUUCAGUUAUUGAAGAAGCGAAUUGCUGUUCACUUCUGUAGUGGGAAGUAAACUGAGGCCUGUAAUGGGAUCUGUAAUACACCUCUCAACAGAUGGAGGUAUGUGAGGUUCUCCUUAGUGUUGGGGUCAAAGAAGCCCUUGGUGUCAUCAUCAGGAUCCGAUAAAAUCUGGUUCAUUUCUUCAUCAAAGUAACCUCUUUCAUAUGCCACUUGUACAGGCACUCUGUGACUGUGCACUGGGUCAAUUAUUCCUCCAGUUGCAAUUUGAGCUUCAAGGAGACGAAUUCCAUGAUCUUUCACAAUGAGAUCUUUUUUCAAGGCCUGGAACAAAGAAAUUGUUUUUCCAGUGUACGGAUCUUUGUAUCCUGUCACUGCCUUUUCUGCUGAGAUCAGUUUGUUUUUCCACUCUUUCCCAACCACUCUUUGAUCCACAGCUUCCUCUACAGAAAGCUUUUUGUUGUUGACUGGGUCAAUGAUAAAGCCUGUGGCAGCUUGGGCUUCCAGCAGAACCAGAGAUGUACCUGGAGUCAGCAGACCUUUGCUUUUAGCUUCAUAGAUACUCAUUGUCUUUUUGGUGGACUGAAGAUAAACUCCUGCAAUGCUGUUGGUCCCCUCAAGGUAUUUGCGCACUGAAUCCAUUUCACUUACUUCUGUUACUGUAACUUUUCCAGCGCUAAGAUCUUUGUAGAGUUUCUCAUCAAUGAUUUUGGAUUUGAGCAGCUCAGUAGCAGAGACAUCUUUUCUGAUUCCAUGGAACUUUUCAACUUCACUAGUUUCUGUAAUUGUAGUGGUGAUGGUAGUUUUUGUUGUGCUACUGUCUACUUUAGUUUCUGGUGGCUGGGACAUGACAAUUGAAGAAGAUGAUGAGGUUGUGUCUUGUGUAUGCUGCUCAAUGAUUGUCAGGAUGAUUUC